GUGCCUCUAUUAGGAGCAGGGAUUAUAACCCCAUGUUUAUCUGUUCCACGAAGGGGGAUUCACCUGGCGAGCACAUACAGCUGGAGCUCUGGAGCAGCUGCAGAACUGCAGGGGAACCAGCUGAAGGAGGGAAGAGGAUUUGCAGAGAGAUCACACUUCAAAUGUCAUCUCCAGCCUUGCAUGGCCACGGGGUGCAACCAGAGCAGUGCUGGAGAGAGGAAUGCUCGGCUCCAAAGACGUCUGCGUGGUCCUUGUCAUGUUUGGGAGAGAAGCUCAAGGCACUCAGAGACUGGAGAGAAGUGAAAUCUAGAAAGAACCCAACAGGAAACAGCUUGUAGCCUUCGCCACAAAUGUUGAAAGCAGAAAAAAAUAGUGAAUAAAACCUGGCUGAGGAAAGAGCUGUUCUGAGCCCAGACACGAGGGAACCACCGCAGCUGCUGGAGCAGCUGGGGAGAGAACACGGAACUGCUUGUUAUCACAUGAGACAUGGAUAUCAUAUUUGGUAGAAAUAAAGAAGAACAUCCAGAGCCCAUAAAAGCUGAGGUGCAAGGUCAGUUCCCCGCUUGGCUGCAAGGGACACUUCUCCGAAAUGGCCCAGGGAUGCACACGAUAGGGGACACUAAGUACAACCACUGGUUUGAUGGCUUGGCGCUGCUGCAUAGCUUUACAUUUAAAAAUGGUGAAGUUUACUACAGAAGUAAGUAUCUCCGAAGUGACACAUACAACUGCAAUAUAGAAGCAAAUCGAAUCGUGGUGUCUGAGUUUGGGACUAUGGCUUAUCCAGAUCCCUGCAAAAACAUCUUUGCCAAGGCGUUCACCUAUUUGUCUCACACCAUUCCUGAGUUCACAGACAACUGCCUGAUCAACAUUAUGAAAACUGGGGAUGAUUUUUAUGUUACCAGUGAGACUAACUUCAUCAGGAAAAUUAAUCCGCAGACGCUGGAGACGCUAGAAAAGGUUGACUACAGCAAAUAUUUGGCUGUAAAUUUGGCAACUUCUCACCCGCACUAUGACAGUGCUGGAAAUGUUCUCAACAUGGGUACUUCAAUAGUUGAGAAAGGGAGGACAAAAUAUGUUAUAUUUAAGAUUCCUCCCUCUGUGCCAGAAAAAGAAAAGAAGAAAUCUUGUUUUAAACAUCUGGAAGUGGUGUGCUCCAUCCCUUCUCGCUCUUUGCUCCACCCAAGCUACUACCAUAGCUUUGGAAUGACAGAAAAUUACAUUGUCUUCGUAGAGCAGCCGUUCAAACUCGAUAUCGUCAAAAUGGCAACUGCUUAUUUCCGAGGUGUGAACUGGGCUUCCUGCCUUUCCUUUCACAAGGAUGAUAAGACUUGGUUUCACUUUGUAGACAAGAAGACUAAAAAGGAAGUAUCCACCAAGUUUUAUGCUGAUGCUUUGGUGCUUUUUCACCAUAUAAAUGCUUAUGAAGAGGAUGGCCACAUUGUUUUUGAUAUUAUUGCCUAUAAAGACAAUAGCUUAUAUGAUAUGUUCUAUUUAAGAAACCUGGUUGAAGACUUUGAAGAGAAAAACAAGCUUUCAUCCAGACCAACCUGCAAACGAUUUGUUGUUCCUCUGCAGUAUGACAAGGAUGCCGAAGUCGGUUCUAAUUUAGUCAGACUUCCAUCUACCGCAACUGCUGUGAAAGAGAAAGACGGCAGCAUCUAUUGCCAACCUGAAAUACUGUGUGAAGGGAUAGAACUGCCUCGCAUCAACUACGACUAUAAUGGCAAAAAAUACAAGUACGUUUUUGCAACGGGAGUCCAGUGGAGUCCAGUUCCUACAAAGAUUGUAAAAUUUAAUACCCAGACAAAGGAAAUGCUCCACUGGGGAGAAGACCACUGCUGGCCGUCUGAGCCUGUGUUCGUUCCCAGCCCUGAUGCAAAAGAAGAGGAUGAUGGUGUUGUUCUGACCUGUGUUGUGAUGUCUGAUCCAAAGCAAGCACCCUUCCUACUCAUCUUGGAUGCUAAAACAUUCAAAGAAUUGGGCCGAGCCAGAGUAGAUAUAGACAUGCACCUGGACUUGCACGGAAUCUUUAUACCAGAGAAAGGUUUAAAGACUGAGAUGGAGUAAAAUGCUAUUUAUCCUAUUGCACAGACUGAGACAACCUUCUACUGAAUGUGGGUUAAUAUCAUUCAGGAACAACCUUAUGACAAGAAAUGGCUAAACAUAAUCUUUUCAAUAGCUAUGUAUAAUCUCUUAUAAGAGAUAUCAAUAACUUUUAUUACAAAUAAUUAUAUGUGUAAUUGGUAUAUAACUAUUCCAACAGGAUGAUCAGUAUUAAGUGCUAAUGAUGUAUAUAACUCGUGGGGCAGGGAAUAGGAGACAAAGGUAACAAGGAAUGUUUUAUUUGAGUAGAAGAUAGCUUUCUGAGCAAAUAAGGUAUUGUAUUUAUAGGGUGACUUAUGGCAUGAGUCACAUGUAUCUGCAGCUCACAAAACUUUCAUGGACUGUUGGAAGAAUGCAGCUCACUAUAGAAGUUGUCUCCAGCCAGAAAACCUCACGUUAAACUACCUGCUAUGAUACUAAUAAUUCAUGGCAAUGCAGCCUUGGUGCUGAUUUCUUAAAUUCCACUGUAACCAAAGUAUUACACUGAGGUGCUACACCUUUCGAAUUUAGAACCCCAAAAAAACCUGCUUUGCUAAUAAUUUAAUGGUGUAUUUUCUCCCUUUUAUGUUCACAAAAACAAGUGACUUUUCAAUAGAAUAUAUGACUUUAUGUAGCAUUCAAUUAUACUUUAGUGCUAUUCAAUCUUAACCACUUUGUAUUUAAAUCAGGUUUUUUUGAGGAGGAUAACUGACAUGACAUUUCGUGUCUUUAGAUGAGUACAUUGUGUAAAAGAUAAACAGAUGUGUAGGAUUUAUUAAUAUUGCUAAUAGUCCCCGUUAGUAACAGAGCAGAAUAUUCCUAGCAGAACUCAGAUACACACGUGAAACAAAUUGUUUAGGUGAAAGAGAGAAAGACCUAAUUUGAUUUCAUCUGAACUACACGGCAGCUGAAACUACAAGCCGCUGUUGCUAUAGCUAAGCAGUUGCUGUAUUUUCUGCUUAGGAGCAUCCAUGUUCUGACAUGGGUUUAUCAUUGCCUGUAACAGAUGCUUACUAAUAAAACAGUACAUAACUCUCACUCAUACUCACAAUUCAACACAGAAUUCAAAUGCCAAGGAUCCUGUGACUGUUUUUUAUAGGAAUGUCAUUUCCUAAUGGCCCUGAGUAUUUCUGUUUUCUGAUUUGGGGCAUUGAUUUUUCUUUAAAUGAGAGCUUUUUUUCUUUGAAUUGUAUUUUCUGAUUGUAGAUGCCUUCACUGUUAGACGCAUAUUUAUUGAUGGAGAAAACUAGGUAUACAUCCAACCACUUCAGGUGUUCAUCUGGUCUGUAUGUAUCACCACACUGCUCAGGUACCUCUCACUUUUUAUAUACGCACUCUCACAGUGUCUCUGCUGCUCAAUGUGUUUUACAGGAAUGAAAUCAUUGUCAUUUACUGUCUCCCCAUCACGCGAGAACUGGGGCUUUGCUGGCUUGUUCACGAUUACGUAAGAUGUUUACAGAGCAGGAAUUGAACCAGCGUCACCCACAGUUCUUGUUUGCUCUGUAACAGCUAUACCUCCCUUUCCCUGCUAGAGUCUUUGCAGUUUGUAAGUAUAAAGAAUAUACAGGCUAUUCUUAAUGUUAAAAAAAGUCACCAUGGGCAGAUCUAGAGUUAAAGUAUGCAGUUGUGGGCAUUCAUAUGGUUGUAUUUUCCAUAAAAUGGAAAUAAAUGUUUUCAAAGCAUAUUACCACUACUGUUUAAGAGAACUUCAUCUCCUAAAGAAUAAAUUGAAUUCUGUUUUCGUGUGUAAUAUGGAACGAGUACUGGAAUGGAAGACUGACUUCUGAUGUUGCAAAGGACACCAGCUGUGGGGUUGUUUCUUUUAAUCUGAAAAGGUUUGGAUUUAACAAGUCUCCACAAAUAUUUCUGGAAUUAUAAGGUGGUAAUGAAUCAGAAGUUUAACAAUUAUUAUAGAUCUCCUUCUAAGAGUUUGUCUUCAGAAUUUCUUUUGUACAACUCAUUGUGUUCUGGGUUUGGAUUAUCAUGGGGUUGAAUACAGGAGCUACUUGACUUCCGAGGAGCUAAUUCUUACUGGCAGAAAUGACACGAUAGGGGAAUAUUCAUCAUAAAACCAAUCUGCAGUCAAAGUAACAAAAUGUGUUAUUUAUGUUCAUGUAGAAAUACUGCAAAAAUAAAUUAUAACAACUUG